CGCGAUCACACACAAACCCAUCGCGUCAAUCCACCGGUUGCAUCCAGACGCAAGAAAACAGAGCACGCACGCGAGGCAGAGGAAGAAGGAACAGAAGGGGCAGCGGCGAUGGCACGGCGGGGCACGGAGGCGUUCCCGGACCUGGGCGCGCACUGCGACCGGGAGGACUGCAACCAGCUCGACUUCCUGCCCUUCGACUGCGACGGCUGCGGCAAGGUCUUCUGCGCCGAGCACCGGACCUACCUGGGCCACGGCUGCGCGCGCGCCGCCGACCAGGGCCGCACCGUCGUCGUCUGCGAGGCCUGCGGCGACGCCAUCGAGCGCGCCGCCGGCGCCGGGACCGACGCGGAGAUCCUCGAGGCGCACGCGCGGUCGCGCCGAGGCUGCGACCCGGCCAGGAAGCUCAAGCCGCGGUGCCCCGCGCGGAGGUGCAAGGAGACGCUCACCUUCUCCAAUUCCAGCGUCUGCAAGGGGUGCGGCCACAAGGUGUGCCUCAAGCAUCGGUUCCCCGCCGACCACGAGUGCGCCACGCGCGGGUCCCCGGCGGGCGCAGCCGCCGCCGCGAGACGGGCCGGCGACUGCGGCCGCGACGCGCAGAAGGUUAGGGACGGCGGCGGGUGGGCGCUGCCGCCGUUGAUUCGGAAUUUCAGGAUGUUUUGAAUCUAUUCUGUACUGUGUACUCGGAACGUGGAAGCGAUGGCUGCAAUCUCGCCGUAUGUUUUAUUUUCGUUCUGCGUGGAAUGUUCAAGCAAUGGAUGCAAGUUCAUCGAAUGUUUAUUUUCGUUCUGCCUCAAUGUUCCCUCUCUGUUGUGCGAAAAUUUCGCGAUAGCUGUUGAAUGAAGAAGCAAGUUUAGUUUA